GCGCAAAGCUGGAACGCCACACGUUGCUCGUGAUUGUCAACAUAUAGUACCGAUAUACCUGUGCGAGUUCGAGUAUACAUACACACGGUGCGCACACCGCACUCGCGCUCUGCAUACGCCACUCAACGUACGCUCUCGUAUGAAUUAACGCUCGUUGCAUUUAUAAACCGCCACGCCGCGCACAAUCACCUCCAUCCUACCUGUCCGUCGUCCUCCAUCCGAGCGCCGGAUCAUGAUGCACGCAAAUAAAAAACGUCAGUGAGAUGAGAGUCAUGAGAUGCGCAGUGCGCGCAAUAUGCGCUAUAUUAACUUAAAAGUUUAUGUGAACUGUGCUACGAACUUAAAUUGUUUGAAGACAAGUGUAAACAUUUUAAAAGGUGCGUCAGGUCAACAUCAUGUGUGAUAGUGUUGAUAAAUGUGACAGCGCGUACGAGGACUUAGAAUUGGAAGUCGAAUUAGAGGAGCUUCCGAAAAAAACAUUCAUACGUGGUUCUGAUCCUCGAGUGGCGACAUGCCGUGGCAAGCUGCAGAACCGCCGCUCGAAGCUCAACCAGGAGAUCAACAAGGAGCUGCGGUUGCGCGCCGGUGCCGAAAAUCUCUUCAAGGCGACCACCAACCGCAAGCUCAAAGAGACAGUGGCGCUGGAGCUAAGCUUCGUUAAUUCGAACCUUCAGCUGCUCAAGGAACAACUCGCCGAGCUCAAUUCGCAGGUGGAAAUUUAUCAAAAUGACAACACGGAUUCAAUAAUGCCAAUGAUCCCACUGGGUCUCAAGGAAACAAAAGAGAUCGACUUCCGUGACCCGUUCAAGGACUUUAUCCUCGAGCACUACAGUGAAGACGCCAACCAAUACGAGGAUUCCAUUGUUGAUUUUAUGGACACGCGACAGGCGAUGCGCACACCAUUAAGGGACAACACUGGAAUCGCUCUACUCUUUCGCUAUUACAAUCAGUUGUAUUUCGUCGAACGACGCUUCUUCCCACCCGACAGGUCGCUGGGAAUAUACUUCGAGUGGUUUGACUCGCUCACAGGUGUGCCAUCAUGUCAACGAACGGUUGCGUUCGAAAAAGCCUGCGUUUUAUUCAACAUGGGCGCGGUGUAUACUCAAAUCGGUGCAAGGCAGGAUCGUACCACGGCCAAAGGAUUAGACUCGGCUGUGGAUAGUUUUCUGCGAGCGGCCGGUACCUUCCGAUACAUUCACGAAAACUUCACAAAUGCACCCUCAAUGGAUCUAGGUCCCGAAAUGUUGGAGAUGUUCAUACAACUAAUGCUCGCACAAGCUAGAGAAUGUCUACUGGAGAAAUUAGAAUUACAAUCUCUUGAAAACCGUACCAUCGACGUAUGUUUUGAUCUGGCGCAGGAAGCAGCACAGCUUUCAGAGUGUUACGAUCAUGUACAUCAAUUAAUACAGCAACAAAUGGUAAAAGACUACGUGCCGUACAGUUGGUCGGCACUGGUACAAGUAAAACGAGAAUAUCACAUCGGUAUGGCACAUUAUCACGCAGCCAUGGGUAUUUUACACGCGGAGGUAUCACAAAUGUCUGCGCAGACAAAAGAUACACUGCAAUUUCUGCAUGUGGAGAGUGCCUCAACUCAGUUGGAUAUUCGUCUUCCAAAAGACGAUUUAGAGCGGAGAUUGUUAGGAAGAGCACAUUUACGGCAAGCGUUAGUUUUACAAGAAGAAGGACAAAGAUUACACAGAAUGUGUCGAGAAUUAAAGGGUAAACAUGCUUUGAUUUCGAUGUUGAGGAUUGCACACAGAUUAGCACUACAAGCAUAUACUGCGAAUGAUGCAGAAGAUGACUUUAGAGACUUGCUAGAUCCACCACAAAUUCAACCAGCGACAAAGUUUCAACUCUCUUUGACACCGCCGGAUUUCGCGCAAUAUCGCGUCAGCGAUUUAUUUAAAGGUCUUGGGCCAAUCGCGAUAUUUUCAGCAAAGAGACACUGGACAGCGCCGAGAUUAGUACAAUUACAUCGUGGGAGAACCACCGAAGGAUUUGGAUUUUCUGUGAGGGGUGACGCGCCAGUUAUCAUCGCCGCAGUUGAAGCUAACUCAUUAAGCGAAUUUGGUGGAGUCAAAGAGGGUGAUUUCAUCGUGACAAUAUCCGAUGUGGAUGUCAAAUGGGCAUCACACGAAGAGGUCGUUAACUUAAUUAAAAACGCCGAUGACACCCUCAGUCUACGAUUAGUCACCCCAAUGGAUAGAAACUACUUGAAGCCGGCCAAGUCCUCAAACAAGGGCUCAGUGUCGACGCACAGCAGCAGUUCAGGGGUUUCAAGCGGGAUGUCCAGCCCCAGUGGUUCCAUGGCGCAACACACCGGUAACAAACGACUGUCAUGGAAUCCAUUCAAGAAACAUCAGCUGCAUCGGGAGUCAAAAGAGUUCUACGACAAUGUUAUCCUGCGAUGAGCGACCCUCGAAAUCAUGUAUCACACUUGUUAAUUUAUUGUACUGUACUGUGUAUUGUGUGAAUUAUCACAAAAUUUAUAUUAGUAAAUUGUAAGAUGUACAUUUUAAUUAUUAUUCCAGUCAGUUAUUAAUAUUUUAUUUGUUAUAUCGCGAACGUUUUUAUCUCACUGCAAUUAUUGCUGUGAGUGAAUGAGAAUGUUAUAUGUAUUAUUUGAUACAAACUAUUUAUGUGAAUUUAAUGUGCUAUGCUAUGCAUGCACAUGAGAUGUAUUUUAUGUAAAAUAAAUAAUCAACAAUAAGCUUUAUUGCAAACAA